GUCUUCCAUCUCAUCCCAAAGGUGUUCAGUAGGGUUGAAGUCAGGGCUUCAUGCAAGCCACUUGACUUCAAUAGACCUGACUCACACCUGGUGUUCCAGUUCAUCCUAAAGGUGUUCAGGGCGGACUGACCAUUUGGAAACUCGGGCACUGCCCGAGGGCCCGGGGUCAGUAGGGGGCCCCAUGAGAUGUCCCUGGUACCUUUUUCAUAGGCUUUUUUGAGUUUGGGUAAGGACACAGGGGCCCCAUGAUCCCCUAUUGCCCGGGGGCCCCAUGA